AUGCUGUGUCUCCGCCUCACCUCACUGCUUGUGCUGGUGCUGGGGGUCAGCCUGGGGGCUGCCUUUCCCCACAACACCCUGAGGAAGGGCUGCAGCCUGUUCAAGUACAAGCAAGUCACGUUCGAUGAGAAGAAGGCUGUGAAGAAGAUGCAGAAGGAGUUUCGCAACAUCAGGCAGCCGGGCCGCAACUGCGACAGCGGGCUCUUGGAUCGGAAGUGGAUGUCGGCACACCUGUCGGUGCCCGACCGAGUGGUGCUGGUGGAAGCCGAGCUGAACUUCACCAUCACGAUGCUGCAGCUCUCCACCCACCCCGGCUUCACCAAGAUGCGCCAGCGGCCCCUGGCCUUCCUCGCCCAAGCCCGUGAGGAUUUGCGGGGCUGUGUGGCUCCCUCGCAUCAGCCCUCUGGGGAACUGAGCCAGUGGCUGCAGAACCUGCAGGUGGCCAUGAAUAUGGUAAGUUGGGUCAGCGGGGCCAGAGGGUCUCGGGGUGUCAGUGACCCGCACGGCUGCACCCUGACCCCAUUGCUAACGCAGGCGCUGUCCCCGCCGCACGAGAACACCGGCUGCCUGGAGGACUACGCUGUCCGCCACGUCUUUGAAGUGCUGGAAGACCUGAACUGCGCUGCCCUCCAGGAGCAAUGCUCUUAGCCCCCGCCACCGGCCCCAAAGGACACACGAGGACCGGGAAAAACAACUGCUAUUGCAUUGCUGGACUGUACUUAAGCCUUUUUCUUACUCAUGUGAGCUCAGGGAACAAUUUUUUUUCACAGUCUUUUAAAUUAUUGGGGCUUAUUGUGUGCUUAGAAAUGGCUCAGGAGGAGCUGAAGAAAUGCCCCUCCUGAAAGAAUGGCAAUGAACGUAUUUAUUGGAUAUCUUUGUUUUGC